AUGUUCGCUUCCAAAGCGAACAAGCUCAUUCAGAGACUACGGUCACCAUUUAAACAGCGGCGGUAUGGCGACGUCGCCACGGGUGAAGGCUCCCCGGGUUCUGGUCCCUCGCGGCUGGUUUUGGGCAUCGAGACGAGCUGCGACGACACCGGAGCGGCCGUACUCAACGAGACAGGUUCUAUCCUGGGGGAGUCCCUACACUCCCAGAAAGAGGUGCACCUCAGGACAGGCGGCAUCAUCCCCACUGUGGCCCAGCAGCUUCACAGGGAACACAUAGAGCGCGUAGUCCACGAGGCGUUGGAGCGGAGCGGCGUGGACCCGCGUCAGCUGUCGGCCGUCGCCACCACGGUGAAGCCGGGCCUGGCCCUGAGCUUGGGUGUGGGCCUGGAGUUCAGCCUCAGUUUUGUGAGGCGCCACGGGACCCCCUUCAUCCCCAUCCACCACAUGGAGGCCCACGCCCUGACUGUCCGCCUGCUCCAGCCGGUCCCCUUCCCCUUCCUGGUGCUGCUCGUGUCGGGCGGGCACUCGCUGCUAGCCGUGGCUCGCGGCGUGGACGAUUUUCUUCUACUGGGUCGCACACUGGAUGAAGCUCCAGGUGAUACUCUGGAUAAAGUGGCGAGACGUCUGUCGCUGACCAAGCACCCGCUUUGCUCCGCGCUGAGCGGAGGUCAGGCCAUCGAGCGGCUGGCCCGGGACGGCGACCGCUCAAGGUUUCCUUUCAAGACACCCAUGGGACAAACAUACGACUGCAGUUUCUCUUUUGCCGGCCUACGAAAUCAAAUUAAAAUGACCAUAGAAAAAAAAGAAGCGGAGGAAGGUACGGGUGAAGAGUGCGAAGAUGGCAACAACAAUGUUCACGUGCAUAUUUUGUUGUUUGGAAAAGCAACUGAGAUCACGAGUAGAAUGAGUUCUUCUUUCCCUCCAUCCGCAGGAAUCAAACAGGGAACUCUGCUCUCCUGCGUCAACGACAUUGCGGCGGCGACGCAGCACACGGUCGCGUGUCAUCUGGCCAAGCGUACGCAUCGCGCCGUCCUCUUUUGUAAGGCCAACGGACUGCUGCCCUCGCUCGAGCCCACACUGGUUGUGUCGGGAGGCGUGGCCAGCAACCAGUAUGUCCGCAAAGCUCUGGGCGUCAUCACCGAGGCAACGGGCCUCCGCCUACUCUGCCCUCCGGCCAAAUUCUGCACUGACAACGGCGUGAUGAUCGCUUGGAACGGUGUGGAGCGACUCAGGGAAGGGAGAGGGAUUCUGCCUCCCAACGCGGAGGUCAGCUACCAGCCAAAGGCACCGCUGGGCGCGGACCUGACGUCACAAGUGAAGGCGGCCGCCAUCAGAGUGCCGUCCAUCCGGAUCAACAUCUCAUAAACUUGCGAUCCGAUGUCACAGAAGCAAAGCACAUGGGACGUGAUGUCAUCUCAGACCGCAUCUGUCAAGAUUUUAUUCAAAAUUUUUUUUCCCUUGACAUUUUCUGACACUUAAGUGUCUUCAAAACGUCCACAGAUCUCAAACCACCAUUAUGAAAUCAAUUCCAACAUUCUCAUGGUUUGGCACCUUUUCCUGGAUGAGCCAUUAAAGACGCCUUUCUGCA